AGAAACAUUAAGAGCAGCAGUAGUAUUUAAGAAAAUUCCUGGCAUUAGCGAUUAUAAAAAUCAGAAAGUAAUAAGUAGUGAAAAAGAAACGGUGUCGUGUGGUAAUUUUAGUGAAAAUCAUAAAAUAAUUGUGUUUUUACACAAGAAAAAUAAAACUGUGGGCGGCUAAAUAGAAGUCUUCCUCAUAAAUCGAGCUAAACACAGCACUUUUGAUAAAAGAAAAAUAUUUUCAUUUUCCGGCUUCCGCUUAAGCGGUCUAGAAGAAUCGGCACACAACAAAAAAUAUACAGAUAAGAUGAAAUUAAUACUAUCUACACUAUUAUUAAUCGGUUUAGUAACAAUACCGCUGCCGGCAACCGCUUUGUAUUCACCAAGCGAUGACGUGGUGGAAUUAACACCCUCUAACUUCGAACGUCUCGUCAUCGAUGAUGAUGCCGUCUGGGUUGUUGAGUUCUUUGCGCCAUGGUGUGGUCACUGCAAAUCUCUGGUACCAGAAUAUAAGAAAGCAGCCAAGGCAUUGAAGGGUGUAGUGAAAGUGGGUUCAGUGAAUGCUGAUGAACAUCGUUCACUAGGUGGUCAAUAUGGUGUUAAAGGUUUCCCCACGAUUAAAAUCUUCGGCGCUAAUAAACGUUCGCCCACAAGCUACAGCGGCCAACGCACAGCUAAAGCCAUUGCGGAGGCGGCACUAGCUGAAGCCAAAAAGAAGGUACAAGAUGUUUUAGGCGGUGGCAGUAGCAGCAGCGGCGGCAGCAGCAGCAGCAGCGGUGGUUCAGAUGGCGUCAUUGAGUUGACCGAUGACAACUUCGACAAACUGGUUUUGCAAUCCGAUGAUGUGUGGUUGGUUGAGUUCUUUGCACCAUGGUGUGGACAUUGCCAGAAACUGGCACCUGAAUGGGCUAAAGCGGCUAAAGAGCUUAAAGGCAAAGUUAAACUGGGCGCUUUGGAUGCGACAGUGCAUCAGAGCAAGGCUUCGGAAUAUGGCAUUCGCGGUUAUCCCACAAUCAAAUUCUUCCCAGCCGGCAAGAAGAGCAGCAGUGAUGCUGCCGAAUAUGAUGGCGGUCGCUCUGCUUCUGAUAUUGUCAGCUGGGCACUUGAAAAACACGUGGACAGCGUGCCUGCACCAGAAUUGUUAGAAGUCUAUGAUGAAAGCACUUUCGAUAAGGCAUGUGAGGGUAAACCACUGUGCGUCGUCUCAGUGCUGCCACACAUUCUGGACUGUGAUGCCAAGUGUCGUAACAAAUUCCUCGAUACAUUACGUCAAUUGGGUGAAAAAUACAAGCAAAAAUUGUGGGGAUGGGCCUGGGCUGAGGGUGGUGCACAAAGCAGUUUGGAAGAAUCAUUGGAACUUGGCGGUUUCGGUUACCCAGCAAUGGCUGUUGUGAAUUUCAAAAAAAUGAAGUUCUCCGUAUUGAAGGGUUCCUUCUCCAAGGAUGGCAUCAAUGAAUUCCUGCGUGACAUUUCCUAUGGACGUGGACAUACUGCACCAGUGCGUGGCGCUAAGAAACCUGCAAUCGUCACUGUACAACCAUGGGACGGCAAAGAUGGUCAAUUGCCAGCCGAGGAAGAAAUCGAUUUGUCUGAUGUUGAUUUGGAUGACGUCAAGGAUGAGCUUUAAAGUGUGCUAUAGUUAAAAUAUACCAACCAACUGCAUAUUCAUGUCAAUAUACACUCAAGACUUACCUAAGAAAUUGCUAUGUUCUACUAAAAAAAGAGGAAAUAAUGCGCAUGUAAUAUGAAAUUGGAACGAAGCAAAUAUGAAACCACCAAAAAAAAUCAAGGAAAACAAACGUUUCAGUUCAAGUUCAAACCUUUUUAUACACUACCUACUUAAUUAAAAAUUUAUGUGUGACAGUGUUUUUAAUUGUCACAUAUAAAUAUUUGCUUAAAAUAUGCAAUUGCAUUUACCUAUUUACAUGUAUAGUUACAACCAUACAUAUACAUAUAUGUAUAACAAAUGAGUUGUAAUACUCAAGUGUUAUGUGUAUUACCUAGCAUUCUUUGAAAUGACACACUUUUAUAGGGUUCCACACAGUCUAAUUUAGUUUUAUAGUAUGUAUUUAAGAGACCCCCCAAUAAUAUAGUGGUAAACCAACUUUACUUAAAUAUAUAUUUUAGAGCCAACAUAAAUAAUCCAAAAAGUAUAUCAAAUUGUAAAUUAUUUUUUCUAUAACGAAUUUUUGUGCUCAACUUAUGGAAAUGUAUAAAUGAAUAAAGAAAACCAACAAUUUAAAA